AUGGAGGCAAUGUUAUCGACACAGGAAGAAUUUUACAAACAACUGUUGAAAUCAGAAGCUAAUUUUAAGAAGUCGCCCAGAGACCGAAUUAAGGAAGCAUAUUUAGAGACAAGAUUAGAAAAUGUAGAGCAACUAUGGAAUGACUUCAGACAAGGCCAUAUGGAAAUCGUAGCAAAAAUUGAUAAGCUAGAUGUGGAAUCUCGUAAGCAAUGGGAAAAUUUACAAAGUCGUGCUACAGAUGAACUAACAUCAUGGUUGAAACUUGUUGAAUUUUUAGAAUCUCGUUUCAGAAGUUUAGAAAUGAUUGAAUCCGGAAAACAGAACCCUAUUUCACAUGCUUCCAAUACCGCACGACCUAUACCAAGACCAAAAUCAUUUCAUACCACGCUUCAAGACAAUCAUAAGCCGAAAGAUCCUACUUAUUGGUUAGAACACGAGAACCUUGCACUAGCCGAUCCUGGAUUUGGAACACCAAGCAAAAUCGAUAUUUUGCUUGGAGCUGAGGUUUACAGCGAAGUGAUAUUAACUGGAAUUAUCAAAAAUCCUCAAGGAAAUCUCAUAGCUCAGAAUACAAUCCUUGGCUGGAUUUUGUCCGGAAGAGUGUCGCAAGAUUUAGUCAGUGAAAGAGAGAAAGUUAUAAGUAUGCAUGUUAAUGUUAGAGAAGAUGACCUAUUGAAACAAUUUUGGGAGAUAGAAAAUGAGCCGAAUAGUCUGGAGAAAAGGUUAACUAAAACAGAAAUUUACUGUGAAGAGUUUUAUAACAGAACUACAGAGAGAAAUAAGGAUGGUAGAUUUGUUGUGAGGUUACCGUUCACUGAAGAAGAUCCAAAAUGUCAAUAUGAUAUUGACACACAGGAAGAAGAAAAAGUAAGAAGUUUGACAGCGUAUAAUACACAGAGACACGUUACUAUUGAUGAAAUAAAUCAGACUUUACAGAUAUGCAUUAAACAAGCUCAAAGUUUUGAAUAUCAACAAGAAAUACAGCAGAUACAAUUACAGGGAGAAACAUCUAAGAAGAGUGGUCUUUCCAACUUAUACCCAUUUUUAGAUAAAAAUGGGAUUAUGAGGUGUUGCAAAGUUAUAACGAUAGUCGGUGCAGUUGUUAUAGCGGUGCUUUUCUACAAAUUUUAUAGUUCACUUUUGGCAACACCUGAUCUACCAGAAUUUGACUUGAAUGCGUGGUGGGGACGAAAUACUAGUAACAAACAAGAUACGUCUAUUCGACCGUAUAGGAUUUUACUCAGCGAUUCUAUGCAAGAAAACUUGAGAAGAAAAAUGGAAGCGUAUCGCAGAGCAACACGAGUUAAGAGUCUUGAAGAUUCUUCUACUUACGGGAUAAAUUACGAUGUACUUGGACAAAUAUUUGCUCAUUGGCAGUUCAAGUACAAGUAUGGCACUCGUGUCAAAUAUUUGAACAAAUAUAGCCACUAUAAAACGAAUAUUCAAGGCUUGGACAUACAUUUCAUGCGUGUAGAGCCGAAAAAUAAGGAAAAUCUCAAGGUUGUUCCUAUACUACUCAUACACGGAUGGCCCAGUUCGGUCAGAGAUUUCUAUGACAUCACACCUUUACUCACUUCAGCUAAACCGGAAUACAAUUUUGUGUUUGAGGUCAUUGCUCCAAGUUUACCAGGAUUCGCUUUUUCUCAAGAACCAGUUAGAUCUGGAUUAACGACCUACCAAAUGGCCAUUGUAUUAAGAAAUUUAAUGGAAAGAAUUGGUCAUAAGCAGUUCUAUGUGCACGGAGGGGAUUUUGGUCACAUUAUUGGUUCACACAUGGCCACACUUUUUCCAAAUCAAGUACUUGGUUUUCAUACAAGUACUCCAGUCAAUCCGUCAAAGUUGGCGCAUUUGACUCUGAUGUUGGGAGCAGUUUGUCCAAAAUGUGUAGCAAACGAUUUAGUUGAUAAAAUAUAUCCUUAUACGGAUAAACUACAGUUUUAUUUAGAGGAAUCAGGGUAUUUACAUUUGCAGAGCACUAAGCCGGAUACUGUGGGUAUAGCUCUCCAAGAUUCUCCAUUAGGUCUAGCCUCGUAUAUAAUUGAAAAAUAUUUACUUUUCACUAACCCAGCGAAUAAGUACACACAUGACGGUGGUCUUAGCACAUUCAAUAUAACCGAUUUAAUGGACAAUGUGCUAAUAUAUUGGAGUACUGGAAGCAUCACCACAUCGAUCAGAUUGUAUAAGGAAAGUAUUUUGAACUACGAAAUGGAAGACACUCUUGCAAGAAUCCCAACGUCUGUGCCCACUUGGGGUCUCCGAACUAAACACGACUUGGUUCAGCAACCAGACUUCGUCUUGCGCUGGAAAUACCCCAACUUGGUCCGUACCACCAAUUUAGAUGUAGGAGGCCACUUUGCAGCCUUCGAGAAGCCAGUUGAAGUUUCUAGCGAUAUAUUUGAAGCUGUUAAAACGUUUUUGACAAUGAAAAAGUAA